GUUGUGGGCGCCCGUGGAUGACCUGCCAUGGUUGCGCGAGCUCGUCGCGAAUGAGGUUGCGGGAGGGCGCGUGCCAGAGCCGGAGGGCCUCGGCAACCGGGGCAGCGGCGAUGACGAGGGGGGCCCCGCACGCGCGGGGCUUGACCGCGACCUUCGGACUGCGUGGUCCCCGUGCGGGUCGUGGACGACGGUGCUGAAGGGCCCGUUGAAAGGAAAAUCGUUCACGAGCCACAUCAGGGAUAUGACCAACCAGAAGUGGCAGAAACGCUGCGAGCUGCUUGGCCGGACUGGCCUGCGCCUUGCAGCGGCGCCCCGCUCAGAGGCGAAGGAAGUCCUACUUGCCCUCGCCGAGGGCCACGCGAGGCGUCAGCAGAGUCCGUGCCAAGUGGUGGCUUUAGCAGAGUGCACGGCCGAAUGCGAGCUCGUUUUGCAGCGGCCUGGAACUUGCGCCAGCGUCAAUGCCCCCGCAGUUGCGGGGGCCGACGCCGACGACGGCUGCCAAUCGCUCAUGGGCCGGCCACUAUUCGAGUUCAUGACG